GUUACUUCAUACACAUACACUAUUUUACACACUUUACAAUUAUGAAAUGAAUACACCUCUCUUCACAUAACUUGAUGUUCAUGUGCUAUGCCACCCCCAUCAAGUCGUGGCUUUUGCUGAUGUGCAAAGAAAAAAACAAAAACAAAACAAGAAACCAAAGCUGAUGUUGGAUUCACCUCAGUCAGAGGCACUGAAAAGCUGCUGCAAGUUUGGUCUCUUGUGAUCCAGCUCCCUUCAAAAUGGUUCAAGCAUCAAAAAAACUGGCGUUCUUCCAACUGGUACUUGGGAACACUAUGAAUAUCCAUCAAGAGAUUUUAAGGCGGCUGAGGCAACGUCUUCAACUGACUCAAGCGAAUGCAGAACACAACUCUGAUGUCAUCAUUGCUUUUGUCCCAAUUGUGUCUCGGGCAGGAACAGACAUUGAAGCUGCUCUUAAGAAGAUUCCAACUGGUCGGCCUGUUGUUCUCAUGGUGCUCCACUUCACAUUUGAUGAGAAUCAUGUUACUUCACAGAGCAACCUGAUCAUAAACAGGGAUGAUGUGUUUGCUGUGGACUUGCUCUGUUAUGAAGACCUGGGGCUGCUCAGAUCCCUUCGCAAUGAUGAGGCACUGAAAGCCGUCACUGAUCAUCUGAUCUCUCUUGGAGGUUCACCCAAUACCCAGCUUGGAACAACCAGCUCACAAAGACCAUGUAGUCGCUUGCUAUUCACCAUCUGUAUAAUUUUCAUUUUUCUUAUUGUAGCAGUAUUGAUAUCAGCUAGCAUUUUCAGUUACAUAUGGAAAUGGCCAACUCACAUUGUACCCACACCCCAACCUAAUAUUACCAUAAACAUUACAACAAUACACUGAAUUGAUUUCUGUCAGUUAGCUACAGUCUAAACUGAUCCAGUCAAAAUGUUUCUGAAUAAGUAGGGGACUAUUUUUGACAAGUAGUGUGCACUCAUUAAACAAUUCUAAUAUAAUAACAUAAUAAUUUCUUGUACACACUAUCCAUCAGUGUUCUUAGCUUUACAGCGAUGGUUAAAUUUAAUGUACAUUAAAAAGUAAAGGGCAAAUCAAAGACAAGAGAAUGAUAAUAUGCAAGUAUUUGAUUGCAGGUGUAUAUAAAGGGCUUAUGAAGUCUUUCUGCCUCUAAUCUGCAGUAUUUCACACACUAAGGCUAAAAUGUCAUGAAUGAUUGUAACUAUGUGCAUGUAACUGAACUGUUUAACAAAAUAUAGCUCUAAUACUACUGUAUGCAUCUCUGUAUGAAGAGGAAUUCAUGAAAUAUGCCUGAGAAUACAUUACUGAUUUUUAUUAGAUGAGAAUUCCUUGACUCACAAAGCAGUAGACAAAUGUGCAAAUAGAUUUAUUCAUAAUUUACUCAUAUAGGCAUGAAAAAUUAAUGCAACACUUUUACUGUCUUCAAUAUAGUUGCGAAUGGAUCCCAAAAAGAGUCGAUUCCCUAUUAGGCUUUGGGAAUCAAAAGCCGACUCUGAAUUAUUUAUUGAAUCGAAUAAAAUACACUAUUUUAAUCCUGGCGAGUUACAGUAAGUGGAGUUGAGUUGAUGUGUCGUUUAAGAAUGAGUCAUGAGUCGGCUCUUUGAAUCGGCUCUUUGAGUCGGCUUUUUAGGUGAACGUGAGCUCAUCCGGACAAGGAGUCGACUCAGAGAUCUGAAGAGCCGAUUAGAUGAUUCAGUAGCUGAGAAAUAACAGUUGAAAGCCAUUUGAGUGCGAAAUAAUGAGAAUAAAAGGCUUGAAGGGCUUAUGAUAAUAUUUCAGAAAGUAAGUGAUGAGAAAUGUAGCCGAAUAUGAGUAAUGGAAUAAAAAUAAAAGAAGAGGGUAGGCGGGUCUGCUGAGUCACAUGAGUCGAGUGAUGUGUCAAAUCGAAGGUGAACUUGAUUGUCGAAACGAAAACAAACGCUGAAAAUCUGUCCACUGCACCUUUCUGACUUUGUUCAAGAUGCUGCAAGGAUCAAAAACCCUGGCGUUCUUCCCAAGGGUACUUGGGAACACCAUGAAUAUCCAUCAAGAAAUUUUAAGUCGGCUGAAGAACCGUCUUAAACUCACUCAAGCAAAUGCAGAACACAACUCUGAUGUCAUCAUUGCUUUUGUCCCAGUUGUGUCUCGGGCAGGAACAGACAUUGAAGCUGCUCUUGAGAAGAUCCCAAGAACGGGUCGGCCUGUUGUUCUCAUGGUGCUCCACUUCACAUUUGACGUGAAUUACAUUCCUCCACAGAGCAACCAGAACAUAAACAGGGAUGAUGUGUUUGCUCUGGACUUGCUCUGUUAUGAAGAUCUGGGGCUGCUCAGAUCCCUUCGCAAUGAUGAGGCACUGAAAGCCGUCACUGAUCAUCUGAUCUCUAUUGGAGGUUCACCCAAUACCCAGCUUGGAACAACCAGCUCACAGAGACCAUGUACCGUACACAGCGUCUUCCCCAUGGUUUUCGGGAACACCAUGAACUCCCACAAGCUCUUUAUGGAUCGUCUCAGUUCCAAAGUGAAGCUACAUGAAGUGUACUCAGUGAAUGAGUGUGAUGUCAUCAUUGCUUUUGUACCGAUUGUGUCUCGAGCUGGAACGGAUGUUGGAGCUGCUCUUGAACACAUUCCCAGAUAUUCAUACAAGUCCAUUAUUCUGGUGUCUCUGCACCACACAUUUAAUCCUGAUUACAUUGCUCCAGACAGCAGACUCAUUGUUAAUAGGAGUGAUGUGUUUGCUGUGGACUGUCUAUACCAUGAAGACGCAGGACUGCUGCAAUCCCAACACAAUGAUGAGGCACUGAAAAGAGUAAUAAAGCAUCUAGGAGGAGAAAAAUCAUCAUAUCAGGAAACUGGUCUGCUGGUGUAUAAGCAAGCUACUUUCACUUUCUUCCUCUGCAGGGUGUGGACAACACCAAAUGGUUUGCUCGGAUAUUUGUUGCACUGAGCAUAAUCUUUUUGCUUUACAUUCUGCAAAAAAUACUCAUGCCCGAGGAGCAGGAUUUGAAGAAGCCAUUUUUACAUCAUUAGUAAAAAUGAGGAGUAAAGAGAAAUGUUUGAAUCAUGAUUUCAGUUUGUCUGUGCAAUAACUGUAAUGACUCGAGUCUAAUUACUAUUAAACAGAUAAUAUUAUUUUGCCUGA